AUGGCGGCGGCCCGAAUUCCGUCAGCUGUUGUAGAAGUUACGUUUCGAGAAUGCCGUCACAUAAAGGAUACUCGAAAGGUGAUUAAAAGCAUUCCACACACCAAGCUUCUAAGUGAUAUUUUUUACGAAGAACACGAAGAACACCAGGCGACGGGUGACCAUCGGAAAACUCUAACGUUUCUUGCCAAAUGCAAGACGAACAUUAAUACAACGGAGAAUUUCGAAAUACAAGGUGGAAUGUCUGUUGGAACCUUAACUGAACGUUUCACUAUAAAGUGCCUUGAGUUCACAUGUAUACCGAGUGGAGAUGCUGAAGAUGAAAAAAGUGUUGCUGAGGGCAUCUUGAAGGAGACAAAUCGCAAGGCAGUUGAUGCUUUCAAGAUAUUAAUGGCGGGUGGCAGACGAGAGUUUACAAAAAGAAAAACUUCAAGUUCUGGUAUGAAAGAUGGUCUGUCCAGGAAGGAUGAGUUGUUCAAUGACUUGGUCGGCCAGUUUCAAGACCAACAGCUAGACUGGCCAGCUAAUCAAGCAUCCACAGAUGGAGCUUACUUUAUUCAGGUAUAAACUAAUGUUCAACAUUUUAAAAUAUUGAAAAAAAGGUAUAAAUGUAUUCAUUGUCAGACUUUUUUCGAUCAAAAGAAACAAUUUUAUAGAUGUUUUUAUUUCACAUUGUCUUUUAAAGUAGGUUUAUGGUGAAUUGCAAGUUAGAUGUAAAGCAACUAUGCAUGCAGUUGCGCUAGGAGACCACCAGAUUUAUCUGGUAUCUGUGUCUGUGCACCCUGGUAUCAUCUUAGCUUCAGUUCUUAUGUAAACCAUAAACCACCUCAGUUGACAACACUUGAAGUCACCAGGUAGAAGUGUAUUGAGACUUUUGAGCUCUUCAUGGUGACACAAAAUCAAUCAUACAAAGUAGUGUUUGUGUGCUUUUGAA